AUGGAUUUUUUGUUUGCUUACUUGCUUCAUAUAAUUCUGAAAACACUAGUUUUCUCGAAGCCUCUUGCUCGUAUCUCUCAUCAAAAGGAGCUAUUCUAUAACGUCUAUUUAAAAGAUCUCCCGCUAAGCUGAGCGAACAUUCAAAUAUCUGUCCCACAUUCAAAUAUUUAAAAGAGUUUUACUCAUGGCCGUUGAUCCCGUGGUGCCUUCGAGGAGGGGCGGUGGUGGUGGUCAACAGACAGCGAAACAGCCGGCGGGGAGCGGCAGUGUCGGCUGAAACAGAGCUUGGGGGAGAGGUUGUUCGUGCUGUCUAG